ACGUCUACUAUCUGGUUUCAGUAAAAUUGAAUGAUUAGCUUUUAAUCCCCAUUAAGCCAUUGUUUUCCCAAAAUACGGACAGCUCACAAAAGUUUAUAUCGAAAAAGUUUUUUGUAGUGAUAUUUGCUUAUAAAAAUAAAAAUUUUCCCUUCAAUUAUAUAUCUUGAAAAAUUAAGUAAAUUUGACUAUAAGAUAUAGAUUUUAUAUCUGAACCAAUAUGGGCAAAGAAAGUGGCUCAACAUUCAUAGAACUAUCACUUAAAAACAGAGAGGAUCCCAAGGAAGAAGACUUAAUUCAAUUACAAAAAUCUACACUUAAAAACAUUGUUUGUAGCAAGAUUUCAAAAGGUAUAUUUAUUGCCCUGUUCGUUGCUAUAAUAUGUCCUAUUUUAGCGUAUUAUUUAACGAUAUCUAUUAACCUAUCUAAUGAUGAUGCGGAGCAAUACUCAUGCCUUAUAAAAGAUGAAUUUAGGAUUCCUUGUGGUAACGCUGGAAUUUCCCAGAAUCAAUGCGAAAAAGCUUAUUGCUGCUAUAACACAACAACUAAGCAAUGCUACCAUUACUUGCCAUCAAAGUAUUUUUAUACUCCUAACGAAGAUGGCACUUAUUCUCCAUCACAAGCGUCUUCUCCAGUAGGCUCAAUUUCAAUACAAAACAUAAGAUUCAACAUACAAACCAAAAAUGCCAAAAAACUUUCUCUCAAAAUUCAGGAUAACUUGGAAGAAAGUACUUCAAAUAGCUUAGAUAGUACCUAUUUUCACAUAGUACAGUCAGAAAAGAAAUUGAUACUGGAAAUCUAUGAUAGUGAUGGAGAUUCGUUGCUUAGUACUGCUAAAGGGCCGGUUAUAGCUUCCGAGUACUAUUGGGAAUGGUCAUUUCAACUUUCUAAUGGUACUUUGUUUGGUUUAGAUCGAAAUUUAAUCAAACUAGAUACCACCGAGACGUUGACCAAAGUAAUUUACAAAAAUAAAGAGGAUCAUGCUACGUUGCCAGUUUUUUGGGUAUAUCUAAAUGGGAAGUUUUUUGGUCUUGCAAUACGCCACGAUGGACCUUUGGAAAUCAAAGUUCUUGCCUCAAACAUCAUAAUUUUAAGAAGCCUGUUGGGCAAACAAAUUGAACUUGAACUCACUCUUGGCCCCACUCCUGAGGAGUUAUAUGAAAAUCAAGUCGAAAAUAAAAUCGUACCACCCUUAUGGUCAUUAGGAAGCCAUCACUGCAGAAAAGGUGAUACAAUAGACCUUUCAGAAAUCUUGGAAACCUAUGCUGCUGAUCAAGAUUCUAAUUUCGAUACUGAUUGUAUUCAUGAGAAUUUGUUUCUGGCAUUGCAAAGCUCUAAAAAGUCAGAAGAAAAUAUUACAACACUAAAAUCUUAUAUUACAAGUUUAGCAGUUGACAAGAAGUUUUUGUUUUCAUUGCCACCUCAUAUCCUUGUGGAUGAUGAUAAUCCUCUAUAUAAAACUGCUAAAGACCUAAAUCUCCUUUACAAAUACCAGUCUGGUAUAGUUUACAAUGGAACAUAUCUAAACAACAAAGUUGUAUAUCCAGAUUAUUCUAAUGGAUCCAUUUCUGAAUUUAUUCAGAUUAUGUUUGAUUGGAUUAACACAAAUAUUGGCAUAGAAAACAUACAUGGGUUUGUUCUAAAUGAUAACUGGCCCCAAGAUGAUAGCUAUACUAAUGUUGAAAAAAAUGAAUUUCUUUAUUAUACUGAGGACCUAGACACGCAAAUGAAGUCUACACUACCAUGGACUCUACAAGGCACCGAUAAAGUAUUGCACCUGGAAAAGCAUAACUCAUAUGGGUUUUACCAAAAUGCUUCAUUAUACGAGUACCUUAAAACGAUUAAUCCAGAUGUCCCCUUAAUAAUUUCAUCAACUAAAAGAUUCGGUAGCACCGAUUCAGUAAUUUUUCAGAACUUUGAAACUUCUUGGGAAAAUUUUAAAAUGUAUUUAAAUAAGAUGAUGUUUGGCAGCAUUACAGGUAACACAAUGCUGGGUUUGCCAGUAUGUGGGGAUACAAAAAAUUAUAAUGAAACAUUACAGGAGGUUCUUUGUAUGAGAUGGUAUAUUGCUGCAGCUACUAUGCCAUUUUUUAGAGUGUCUUCCGCUGAAUUAUAUCGGGACCCAGUCAACAUGAACUCAGCUUACGCCCGUAGAAUUUCAGUAGAUGCUAUGAAGAAGAGGGCCUUGCUGCAAGAUUUUUAUUUUACCAUUUUAAAUAAAAAAGAACCGAUGCUACGACCAAUGUACUAUAAUUACUAUUCUGACCCCUCUACAUUUUCCUUAGAAAGGCAGUAUGCAAUUGGUAAAGAUAUUAUUAUCGCCCAUCCUUUAACAAGUGGAAGUGUAAGAAUUCAAGUCUAUUUACCGCGAGAAAGAGGUGUAUGGUACGAGUUUUGGGGAGGUACAAUGUUUAAAAUCAAAAAGUAUGCAGAAAACAUUACCAUUGACAGCUUUGAGGGCGACUGGAUGAUGUUUGUUUCACAGGGGUCUAUUGUUGCAUUAACGGAUCUAAACAAAUUCUAUUUAUAUAUUGCUUUAGACUGCAGUAAUGCAGAAGACACAGCAGAUUGUACCGCUACAGGAGGUAUAUUUAAAGACGGAAACAGUUUGCAGUUUAUCGCUAGUAACUCUACAAUUAAAAUCAGUGGCUUAACCUCUGAAUGUGGCUAUACCUUAAGCCUACUAAAAGUAUAUGGGUAUUUAGGUAACACAAGUUACAGUGUGAAAUAUGAUAAAAAAAAUGUAGAUUUAUGUACCUCAACAGAUGUUACAAUAAAUUAUGUAGAUCAAUAAGGACUUCCUAAUAAAUUAUAUAUGAAGA